CUCAGCUGAUUAUAAGGAGCAGGGACCCAGAGCUCUGCUCUUUGUCUUGUGCUUUGAUAGACACAAGCCAGCACCCUGAAUUUCCUGAAGUCAUGAAGACUGCGGUGUUAACUAUGGCUCUGCUGCUGCUGUCCCAGGUCAUUCCAGGGACCCCUGAAAGAUGCUGGAAGUCUUUUGGUGUCUGCCGUGAAGAGUGUGCCAAGAAAGAAAGUUUCUACAUCUUCUGCUGGAAUGGCAAACUGUGCUGUGUGAAGCCCAAGAAUGUGCCCCUGUGGUCACAGAAUUUAGAUUAGCACUCUAAAUCCCAAGGCCACAGAAAUGAAGUUGGACCUCGAAAGAGUCCACCUUGGCAGUUUCCCUGAGCUUCAUUAAAGCGGCUUUGGCUGGC